CAAAAAUGAUAUUCAUCGAAUGUGAAGACUGAAAAUUUUAGGUAUUGCACGUAUUUUGGGAGGACCAGAAAUCAACUCACCAAACAGUAUUGAUAAUCUUGCUUUUUGUACAAUUGAACAAAACUUGGUGAAGUUCAGUAUGAAAGCAAAAUAAGUAAUUUUCAUACGAGAGUGAACAUGAGAGUAAAACCUCUUUUUAUAAUAUUCUGUAUUAGUACAGUACUCUUUUUAUCUCUAAGUUUAUGGAAAACAAAUUUUCUGAAUACGAAACUAGAUUUGAAAUAUCUGCACGAUGCAAGUAGCAAUAUUUCUUUAGAAGUAAAGUUUGUCGUUGAACCAAAGUGCAAUCCUAAUUUUGUAAUUUGGAUAAUCGCAUCUUCCGCCAAUAAUACCUUGUACAGAGCAGCAUUAAGGCGUGCUUAUCCAGUUGAAUUGUUAACAAGAUUGAACGUCACAAGAAUUUUCCUACUGGGAAUACCGAGAGAGAAUUAUACCCAGAAGUAUAUUUUGGAAGAAUCGCGCAAGUAUAAUGACGUGUUACAAGGAGACUUCUUGGAAAGUUAUCGAAACCUUACCUCGAAGCAUUUGAUGGGUCUUCGAUGGAUAUCGAACAAUUGUACUGCCACUUUCUUAAUAAAGAGCGACGAUGAUAUAGUAGUAGAUAUGUUCGAGAUAUUGAAUCUUUUACACGAAAAUAAAAUAAAAGAAGAUGCCAUAUCUGGAUACGUUUUAAGAAGUAUGAGGCCAAUACGAACAUCGAAUAGUAAAUGGUUCGUCACUAAGGAAGAUUUUGCAGAUGUUACCUAUCCUGAUUUUCUUUCUGGAUGGAUUUAUAUAACUGGCUUGAAAGUUGCACGAUUAUUAGUUCGCGCUAGCGAAAAGUUUCGACAUUUAUUUUGGAUCGAUGAUGUAUUUGUCACUGGAAUCUUAAGAUUGAUAUCAGGCACCGAAUAUCUGGAAUUGAACGAUUUAUAUGCAACAGAUUACAGAUACUUAGAAUGCUGCAUGAGAGAUAAGAAAAGAAAAUUAAAAUGCGAGUUCAUUGCAGGACCCGACGGAGCAAAAAAAGAAUUGCACAUGAAAUUUAGAGAAUUUUCUGAGUAUUGUCGGUGGAAUUGUUUCAAAAGAACGACAGAACAAUUAGUAUCGAAAAAAUGUGUGGUUGCUUAUGAAGAAAGAAUAAGCGUUGCAAAUUCUAAAGCUCAGGUUCUUCAUGUAUAAGGUAUACGAAACUGUAUACAAAUUGUAAAUACAGUAACAGAUUAUUUAUGUAUGAAAGUAUUUUUGUAAUAUUUUUUAUAACAAUUUUGAACAUUAUAUCACAGUUUCAAAACA